AUGGCAGCGAUGGAAUUUCUUCCUAUCUGUGAUAAUUUGUUCAAUGUUAUUUCAUUCUUCACUUAUUUCUGUGAUUGCGUUUUUGAUAUCGUGUUAGGCUAUGCAUUACUAGAACGAGGAAAAAUCAAUUUUUUCAUCACUGUUGUUCUUAUCAUUAGUGGAUCCUUAAUUCUAUCUCAGAUUGUAUCAUUAAAGUGGUACUUGAAAAGGAGAAGUUCAAAUGAGACAGCUUUAGAAUCAAUUGAAGAAGUCGGAUCAAAAUCUAAAAUCUGCAAAUACUCUGUAAUAGGACUUCAUUUUGCACAAUUUGGAAUUUUCUGGCGAUAUGCUAAACUUUUCGUGCCCGUCGAUUUAAGAUUUGUCAAACAUGAAGUGAGAGAUUUAUGCAUUUUAAGAUUGAUUCAUGCUUUCUGUGAAGCUGCGCCGAUGCUUUUAAUUCAAUGUUACAUUCUAAUGACGAUACAAUCGCACGAUGAAAACAAUAUUAAUGCAAUUAAAAUAAAGACACUUGGUGGGCAACUUUCAACUCAUCUUGUUCAGCAAUCAACAAUCGUUCAACAAUACCACCAGAAAAAUUUCAAAGACCUUAACGCAAUUUCAGCUUCCCUUUCAUUAUUUAGUGUAUGCUGGGCUUUAGCCAGUUUUAGUAAAAACGUUCGUGUUCACAAUGUACAUAGAUUUGUGUUGACAUGGUUGGGAGUUAUUUUUCAAUUCUUUUGGAGACUGGGAACAGUAACUUCCAGAGUUUUAUCACUCACAGCUUAUGCAUCAGUCUACAAGAAAUGGAUCUUCCUCGUCAUAAUUCUUCAUUGGAUUUCAAUGUUUCUUUGGUUGAUAUCACCUAAAAAUGCUUUUCAUGGGGAGCAAAUUUCAAGACUUAAAAAAAUCUUGUUGAGUGGUCUGAUUGCAUUCGUUUAUGUGUUUGCAUAUAUCAACCUUCAAGAAGUUAAUCAUAAGCAGAAGAUGACGAUAUUUUACAUCGUUAUGUUUCUUGAAAAUUGUCUUCUGGUUUCUUUAUGGAUGGUGGGAAUUUGGCCAGACAGAGCUGAGAAUUGGUACUUGAUACCGUCAUAUGUGCUUGUAUUAUUUUUUUCUGGAAUAUUUAUCAUGUUCAUUUACUAUAAAUAUUUUCAUAUACGUCGGAUGGGAUAUCAAACUGAAAACAAUUCCAUUGGCAAACUUAAGAAAUGUGUUGCAUAUUCAAAUGUGUGUCGGUGUAAUCGUGUUAACGAAGAUCCCAAAUAUGCAAAUAUUUUUCAUGACAUUUCAUCCUUUCAUCAAAAGAUUGAUGAUGAGUUAAAUGAAGACGAGAAGCUGCAAAAUCCUCCAACAAAUGAACAUUUGAAGGGUAUAUUCAAUUGUAGAUUUUCGAAUCCGGUUAACAAUGCAACAAAGAGAAAAAAGAAAAAACCGACAACGUUUAUUCCACCACCAGUUCUAGCGAUUCCAAGUAAUCCACUGACUAUAAAUAUGAACAUAAACCAAGAAGAAUGUCAAUUAAUUAAGAGUAAAUUGAUAAAUGUCGAUAUUGGACCGAUGUCAAUUCCUUUUUGGCGCCAGCCUUUGCCACGAAACAGCAUGACGGGUGGAUCAAGCGAGACCGAAGGGAGUGUUGCAUCUUCAAGAAUCAACAUUCAACUGAAACUUCAAGAGAAGAAACAAAAGCAGUUGGCAGAACUGAAAAUAAUUGAAGAAGAAAUAAAGCAAGGAAAGCUGAGCCGACAGAAAAUGAAUGGAGUUGAUUCGUACGAUAAUGACGAUAACGGAAAGGUUUCACUUUUACCUCGACAACCAGCACCACGCUCAAAAAAACAUAUCAAUAUAGAAACAAUUGACUUCAGAGGGAACUCAUCAGCAUCGGAAAACGGAAACAUGAAUAAUAUUCUGCAUCAGCUUCAAGUAACUGAGAAUAUGCGAUAUAACAAUUUUUCACAAAAUGGUGUUAUGGCAGUGAUGGGACUUUCUAACGAAACUCUCACGAGUAUAAAUAUUGGUGAAAAGUCAAUAAAUAAAAAGCAACCAUCUGCAUCAUCCACUAUGACAAGUACAACGUCAGAGAAUGAUUCAAUAACUCGUCAAAUGGUAGCAUCAAGAAAUCUCAACAAAAUAAAAAAUGGCAACAAUCUCAAUAUCCAAACGCAUUCAAGUCCAUGCAUGGGAAGUCCAAUUUGUCAUUAUGAUCCUCGUCAUAGCACUUAUAAUAGUCUAGAAGGUAAAAAUAAAAGUGAAACUCAACGUUCCUCGAAUAGUAAAAACGAGCAUGUCAGUAACAAUAACAUCAACACAAGUAGCAUUGAAAAAGAAAAGAAUCUUGCAUCGCAAUUAAUUAAACGACAAAUGCAGCGUGGAAAUACGCCGGAAAUUCUUCUUUCUCCUAAUCAUCUUGAUCGCAAUGUUCAUUAUUAUCAACAUUUAAGUACAACAGGUCCCAUGGUUCCCGUGAGGAGUAUGGGAAAUAAUAGUUAUAUUAAGUGUAAGAAUGGGUUUGAAAGAGCAAUGAACCUUCAUGACGAUGAUGACGAUGAUGAUGAUGGGGAUGAUUCAGAAAAUGUGUCAUCGGAUAUUGACAGUCAGAUGUCACUUCCGCGAUCCUACACACUUCCACGUGAAUUCAAGUUCAAUAGAGAUGGAAAAAAAGUCACUAGAAAUGAAAAUUUUGUAAUUAGUACCAACAGUAGCGACGGUGACGUGGAUAGCUGUGAUGAUAACGAGUUUGAAGAAGGAGAUAAAACUACAAUUAACCAAAGAAUGAAAAAUCGAAGAACAAACAACCUGAAUAAAAAUCGUCUGCAAUUGAAUAGUACGUUCAGCAAUAUCAAUCCGAACAUAACAUCUGUUAAACACCAUCAAAAUUCGUAUGAAACGCGUACUGGAAAUUUCAAAGUCAACAAUCUUGAUCUUUUAAAUGGAUGCAUUGACAGUCGUUUCGAUUCAGCGAAUCUCCAUGGUGCCUCAACGUCACGACAAAACCGUUCAAGAAUGACUCAUUUCUAGAUUUUUGAAGCUUUGUUUAGUAUUAAAGCUUUCGCUACAUUUUUGUUCUGUGCCAAUCUUAAAACUCAACUUUGUUUUACUGUUAUUCAUGUGUAAGUGAUUAAGUUUCUUUCAGAUUUCUGUUCUUUAAAGGUGCUUAGAAUAAUCUGGAAACGAAAUGACAUAAAAAAUAAUUUAUCACCUAAAUACAAAAGUUGAGUUUCUACAAUUUUCAAUAUAUUUAUUACAUUUACUUUAUCAAUUUUAUGGAAUUAAGAGUAAAGUAACCUGUAGAUCAAUUUUUAAUUUUUUAUACAAUUAAAUUAUAUUUUAUAUAAGUAAAUAAAUAUUCCAUAAUAAUUGCAUGUAUUUAAUAUAAUUUCAAUGGAUUUUUCCAUUUUCUAAUAAUUUAUCUACAAUAAAAAUUUAUUUUCUAUGUUUAAUUUUUU